CAUUUUGAGUUGUGUGGGUUUCCAGGGCGUUCUGAGUGUGGCCUCACCCGGGGAGGUUCCGUAGAUCACAGGCCAGAGGCACGCGUCCGAGUGUCAGGUUGGAGCCGGGAAGCGUCCCUGGGGGGAGCGGCGGCGGGGGCAGGAUGAGCGCGGAGGCGGCGGACCGGGAGGCGGCCACCUCCAGCCGGCCCUGCACCCCGCCGCAGACCAGCUGGUUCGAGUUCCUGCUGGAGGAGUCGCUGUUGGAGAAACAUCUGCGCAAGCCCUGCCCGGAUCCUGCACCAGUUCAACUUAUUGUUCAGUUUUUGGAACAGGCUUCCAAACCUUCAGUUAAUGAGCAAAACCAGGUGCAACCUCCGCCUGAUAACAAGAGAAAUCGUAUUUUAAAACUACUUGCUCUUAAAGUUGCUGCACAUUUGAAGUGGGAUUUAGACAUAUUAGAGAAAAGUUUGUCUGUUCCAGUAUUGAAUAUGCUACUAAAUGAAUUGCUGUGUAUCAGUAAGGUUCCUCCUGGGACGAAGCAUGUGGACAUGGAUCUGGCCACUUUACCUCCAACCACUGCCAUGGCUAUCCUUCUCUACAACAGAUGGGCAAUUAGGACAAUUGUUCAAAGUAGUUUUCCUGUCAAACAGGCAAAACCUGGACCUCCUCAGUUAAGUGUUUUGAAUCAGAUGCAACAGGAGAAAGAGCUAACAGAAAAUAUUUUGAAAGUACUAAAAGAGCAAGCUUCUGAUUCUAUUUUGGUACUAGAGGCAGCCCUUAAAUUAAACAAGGAUCUUUAUGUCCACACGAUGCGAACACUAGAUUUAUUGGCAGUGGAGCCAGGCAUGGUAAAUGGAGAAACUGAGAGUUCUACUGCUGGACUGAAAAUCAGAACCGAGGAGAUGCAGUGCCAGGUGUGUUAUGAUUUGGGUGCAGCAUACUUCCAGCAAGGCUCUACAAAUUCAGCUGUCUAUGAAAAUGCCAGAGAAAAGUUUUUUAGAACCAAAGAACUAAUUGCAGAGAUAGGUUCAUUAUCUCUUCAUUGUACCAUAGAUGAGAAGCGGUUAGCGGGCUAUUGUCAAGCAUGUGAUGUUCUUGUCCCUUCUGAUAGUACAUCUCAACAAUUGACUUCAUAUAGUCAAGUCCAUAUUUGUUUGAGAUCUGACAACUAUCAGGAUGUAGUAAAGAUUUUCAUUGAAGAUAACUUAACCUUCAGUUUACCUGUCCAGUUCCGGCAGUCAGUACUAAGGGAACUCUUCCAGAAAGCUCAACAGGGAAAUGAAGCUCUAGAUGAAAUCUGUUUUAAAGUCUGUGCCUGUAACACAGUCCGUGAUAUAUUGGAAGGUAGAGCGAUUAGUGUUCAAUUUAACCAGCUAUUUCUUAGACCUAAUAAAGAGAAAAUAGACUUUCUUCUUGAGGUAUGUUCAAGAUCAAUAAAUUUAGAAAAAGCUUCAGAUUCUUUGAAGGGAAACAUGGCUGCUUUUCUAAAGAAUGUGUGUCUGGGGUUGGAAGAUCUGCAGUAUGUUUUCAUGAUUUCUUCACAUGAGCUUUUCAUUACAUUGUUGAAAGAUGAAGAACGAAAGCUACUUGUUGAUCAGAUGAGGAAGAGAUCCCCUAGAGUAAAUCUGUGCAUUAAACCUGUAACUUCAUUUUAUGAUAUCCCAGCUUCAGCAAGUGUCAACAUUGGUCAGUUGGAGCAUCAGCUGAUAUUGUCAGUGGAUCCCUGGAGGAUUCGACAGAUUUUAAUUGAAUUACAUGGUAUGACUUCAGAGCGCCAGUUCUGGACUGUGUCUAACAAGUGGGAAGUACCUUCUGUGUAUAGUGGGGUUAUCCUGGGAAUUAAAGACAGUUUAACAAGAGAUUUGGUUUACAUUCUUAUGGCCAAAGGUUUACACUGCAGUACUGUUAAGACUCUUAGUACAUGUUUGCUUUGUUCUCAUUUUAAUGUUAUGAUGCUAAUUCCAACUGUUUUCUUCUUUGGCUUUUUAGAUAUUCCUCUUCGUCAAGUGAUUGCUGAGGAGUGUGUUGCUUUUAUGCUAAACUGGAGGGAAAAUGAAUACCUUACACUGCAAGUUCCCGCGUUUCUGCUUCAGAAUAAUCCAUAUGUAAAGCUUGGACAGCUUUUAGCAGCUACAUGCAAAGAACUUCCUGGCCCUAAAGAAAGUAGACGGACUGCUAAAGACCUUUGGGAAGUUGUUGUUCAGAUCUGUAGUGUGUCCAGUCAGCACAAACGAGGAAAUGAUGGCAGAGUCAGUUUAAUAAAGCAGAGGGAAUCUACAUUAGGCAUAAUGUAUCGGAGCGAACUACUUUCUUUUAUCAAAAAAUUACGGGAACCAUUGGUUUUGACCAUUAUUUUGUCACUCUUUGUGAAACUUCACAAUGUUCGGGAGGACAUUGUGAAUGAUAUUACAGCUGAGCACAUUUCUAUUUGGCCAUCCUCCAUCCCCAAAGCACAAGCAGGGGGAGCAGCAGAGGGACACUGUGGUUUGAAUCUGCUUUUGUCAACUCAGGAAGUAAUAAUACCCAACUCUUCACAAAAGAGGCCUUGUCUGUUUUUUCACCUGUUAUGUCUAAUGAUAGGUAAUUCUUUACUUCUGUUUUCUACUUUAGCAACAAAUCAGUAUUCGGCAGCUCUCCACUAUUACCUGCAGGCAGGAGCUGUGUGUUCUGAUUUCUUCAAUAAGGCUGUGCCCCCUGAUGUAUAUACAGACCAGGUAAUAAAACGAAUGAUAAAAUGCUGUUCUUUGCUGAAUUGCCACACACAGGUGGCAAUUUUAUGUCAGUUCCUCAGAGAAAUUGACUACAAGACAGCCUUUAAAUCAUUGCAGGAACAAAACAGUCAUGAUGCUAUGGACUCCUACUAUGACUACAUAUGGGAUGUUACCAUUUUGGAAUACUUGACUUAUCUUCAUCAUAAAAGAGGAGAAACAGAUAAAAGACAAAUUGCAAUUAAAGCCAUCGGCCAGACAGAAUUGAACGCAAGCAACCCAGAAGAAGUGUUACAGCUGGCAGCGCAGAGAAGGAAAAAAAAGUUCCUCCAAGCAAUGGCAAAACUUUACUUUUAAGCAGUUAGUUAAAAUUUUUUAACUUUUAUUUUUUAAACAAUGGGCUAAAAAUAAACAGUAUUAGAUUAUAUAAUACAUAUGUACACAUUAAGUGGUGUUUUCUUUUCAGACAAUACUGAAACAGUUGAAAAACAACUAUACAGAAGACUUCAUACCAUAACCAUAGCUUAAAUUUAUUCUGUUACUGGACAUGUGAAUCUCUUCCUUUGAAGAAAUUAUAAACUAGCAACUUAGUAUAAUUUAUUUUCUAUUAGACCCACUCUUGAGGCUGAAAUUUCAUUUUUUUAAAAAAAAAAACAUGUAGAAGUAGCUAGUCUAUACACAGCAAGUUCUUAUGUCAGGUUUUUUUGUUUGUUUUUAAUAAAUAAUCUAGGAGUCAGUAUA